AUGGGGGGACUGAAGGAGACUGUAUACAACGACAGCGCCAUCAAACGCAAUGCAGCCAUAGUGGACUACUGUCGCACCUCUGGGGCGGUCAUAGGAGGAGCCACUGCCGGUGUCCUGGGGUUAACCGGACUCUACGGCUUUCUCUUCUACUUCGCCUACUCUGUUUUCCUAUCUGUGAUGUUGGCCGUGAAGGCUGGUCGAAAUUCUACGAAGUAUUUCCAGUCCAGCUCUUCCGUCUGGUUUAAUGGAGUGCUGGGUGGAUUAUUCACUUACGUCCUGCUGUGGACAUUUCUCUACGGAAUGGUGCAUGUCUACUGA